AUGAGAUCCAAAGGAAAAAGCUAUGUGAGGUCUUCAUCAACAACAAGACCAAUACAGCCUCUUAGUUUUCACAUGCUUUACUUAUUCCUUCACUGCUUUCUUUCCUUCCAUUUCCUCUUUCUUACAGUUUCAGAAGCUGUCUGCAACCCCCAUGAUCAAGAAACUCUCCUGUGGUUCUCAGGUAACGUAUCUUCUCCUGUCUCUCCUCUGAAAUGGGAUCCAUCCGUUGACUGUUGCUCGUGGGAAGGCAUAACCUGCGAUGAUUCACUAGAUAGUCACAUCACCAAGAUCUCCUUGCCAUCUAGAGGACUCUCUGGCAAUCUCACUUCUACUCUUCUGAAUUUCCAUAGUCUCUCUCAUCUAGAUCUUUCUCACAACCGUCUCUUGGGUCCUCUCCCACCAGGUUUCUUCUCAUCCCUUGAUCAGCUCAAAGUUCUUAACCUUAGUUACAACAGUUUCAGAGGUGAGUUACCACUUGAACAAUCAUUUGGAAAUAAUGGAAGCAUCAUGUUUUUCCCUAUUGAAACCAUUGAUCUCUCAAGCAAUCUUCUCCAGGGAAGAAUCUUUAAUAGUUCUAAGUUUCUCCAGGGUGCUUUCAACUUGACCAGUUUCAAUGUUAGCAACAAUAGUUUCACUGGACCACUCCCUUCUUUCUUGUGCAAGAGUUCAUCACAGCUCAGGAAACUGGACUUCUCCUACAACGAUUUUAGCGGUUCCAUCUCCCAAGGACUAGGCAAAUGUUUUAGGUUAAGUAUUAUUAGAGCAGGUUUCAACCGUCUCUCUGGAGAAAUCCCAAGUGACAUCUACAAUCUUUCCAAUCUUGAGCAACUGUUUCUGCCAUUUAAUCAGCUUUCUGGAAAGAUCAAUGAUGAGAUCACCAGCCUCAAGAAGCUUACCUCACUGGAGCUUUACUUUAAUCUCCUUGAAGGAGAAAUACCAAGGAGCAUAGGCAACCUCUCAAACCUAAGGAGCCUUCAGCUCCAUACCAAUAACCUUAGUGGUCAUGUCCCACUUUCUCUAGCAAACUGCACCAAUCUUGUCAACUUGAAUCUGAGGGUCAAUCAUCUAAGAGGAAGCUUAACAGAGCUUGACUUUACUCAGUUUCAGAUUCUUAGCGUUAUAGAUAUUGGAAACAAUAGCUUCACCGGUGAUCUCCCUGAGAAGAUUUACUCCUGCAAAUCACUCACAGCAAUCAGACUCUCAGGAAACAAGAUAACUGGACAAAUAUCUCCUCAGAUACUGAAACUUAAGUCCUUAUCAUUCCUAUCUCUUUCUGACAAUAAACUGACAAACAUUACAGGUGCUCUCAGCAUUCUACAGGGAUGCAAGAAGUUGUCCACUCUCCUGGUGGCACUUAACUUUUACAAUGAAACGUUUCCAAGCAAUAAAGAUUUAAUAUCUCCACAUGGAUUCCCUAAACUCAAAAUCUUUGGUCUUGGUGGGUGCGGAUUGAAAGGUGUAAUACCUUCUUGGCUGAUCAACAUCAAUAGCUUAGAAGUGUUGGACUUGUCAGUGAACCAACUAGUAGGUUCAAUUCCUGGUUGGUUGGGUACUCUUCCCAACCUUUUCUACCUCGAACUUUCAGACAACCAGCUUUCAGGACAACUUUCAAAGGAUAUCUUUCAACUAAAGGCUUUGAUGUCCCAAAAGGCCGAUGAUGACACAGACCGAAAAUCUCUAGAGCUUCCUGUCUACGUAUCACCAAGCAACGUUACAAAAUAUAAACAACAAUACAAUCAGAUGUCCAGCCUCCCAUCUUCCAUUUACAUCAGCAGGAAUCACCUAACCGGAAGUAUACCAGUAGAGGUUGGGAAGUUAAAGGCUAUUCAAAAUCUGGAUCUUUCUUUUAAUUAUUUGUCUGGUGGUAUUCCAGAUGAGUUGUCCAACUUAACAAGGUUAGAGAGACUGGACCUAUCAAACAAUAAUCUAUCUGGUAGAAUCCCUUGGUCGCUGAGGCGCCUUCAUUUCAUGUCUUACUUCAGUGUGGCUUACAACAAUUUUGAGGGGCAAGUACCUACGGGAGGUCAGUUUGACACUUUUAUGAAAUCAUAUUAUGAAGGAAACGCUUUGUUGUGUGGUGGUAUACUGCUUAAGCCCUGCACAAUUCCAACUCAGCCACCUUCUGCAAGUGCAAACCAAGAUGAAGAGGAGUUAAGCAGAACAAUCUUCUUGGGGCUUGGCAUUGGGUACUUUUUUGGAUUCACUUCUUUCUUAGUGGUACGUGCUUGCUCCGCAGAUGUUAUAUAAAUAAUGUGAGCAGAGAAAGAUAUUGUAUCUAUGUUAUUUAUGUAUAUGUAUACUACCGUGUGC